CGCGGAGGGGAGGGGGGCGGGAGGGGGGUGGGACAUCCCGAGUCGUCCGCGGCCCGGAGUCUUGGAGGACCCGCUACGGCGCCAGGCGACCCGUCUCGCCACAACUUGCCCAGGCGAGACACACGUUUUAUCCUGCGCCCUGAAAGAAGGAGCCGGCCCGCCUCUACAGCUCAGCAGCUCCUCGGCCUCUGCGGGCCCUGCCUGCGCCAGCAGCGCCCCUAGGAUCUGGGUCUCCUGUGUCGCCCCCGUCAGCCUGCAGCGCCCGGCGCCCGACCAGGAGCGCGCAGCUGGGGUGCUGGGGAUAUAUCGGUGAGCAAGAGAGACCACGGCCCUUGUUGCCGCUGAUCCUGUAGCCCAGUGGAUGGAGCCCAGAGUCCACAGACCUGCCAGGAAAGAAAAAAAAUUUCCUGAUGGUUGGUCCAAGCACAGACUCCCCGGUGGAUUGAGGAAUGUCUGCCUUUUCCUCAGUUUGUCGCUAUCUGUGGUAACCACUGGUGGCCCCCAAAAGACCCAAAGAAUGAGAGGCCUGAGGUCUACGAGUUGCUGCUAAAAGUAUUUUAGCCUCUCCAGAAAACAGAAUGCAGCCCCCAGCCAAGUUUGUAAGGGCCCUGGGCGCACGCUGACCGCGCGGCGCGCCCGUUACUCAGUCCAGACCUGGGCGCUGCCAUAGAACGGCCUGGACGCCCAGACCUUAGGCCGCCGCCGCCGCCGGGGAUCCGGCCUUCUCCAGCUCCCGAGGCGAAUGGCAGCGGCGGCCUGCGAGGCGGCCCCAGCUGGGUAGACAAGACCGCCCCGCAUCUCCGGUGCAAGCAGAGGCGUCGGAUUGGCUUACAAGCAUGCCCUUCCCGAAGCACGUCUACUAUCGGCUCGCAGGCUGCCCGGAGGGGCCCGACGCCUCUGUGGCCGCCGCGGGCGCUGCUGCCAUGGCCUGUGUCCCCCCCAGCGCGGCUUCGGGCCCCAUGCCCUUCUUUCAGUUCCAGCCGCGGCUGGAGAGCGUGGACUGGCGGCGGCUGAGCGCCAUCGACGUGGACAAGGUGGCGGGGGCCAUGGACGUGCUGACGCUGCAGGAGAACAUCAUGAACAUCACCUUCUGCAAGCUGGAGGACGAGAAGUGCCCGCACUGCCAGUCCGGGGUGGACCCGGUGCUGCUGAAGCUCAUCCGCCUGGCGCAGCUCACCAUCGAGUACCUGCUGCACUCGCAGGAGUUCCUCACCUCGCAGCUGCGCACCCUGGAGGAGCGGCUGCGCCUGAGCCACAGCGACAGCGAGGAGAGCAAGAAGCUGAUCAGCAAGCAGGCCGGGGAGAUCAAGCUGCUCAAGGAAGAGUGUAAACUCAGGAAGAAGAUGAUCUCCACCCAGCAGCUGAUGAUCGAGGCCAAAGCCAGCUAUUACCAGUGCCAUUUCUGUGACAAGGCCUUUAUGAACCAAGCUUUUCUACAAAGUCACAUUCAGCGCCGCCACCCUGAAGAUUCUCACCUUGAGUAUAAGAAAAAGGCACAGAUGGAAAAGCUUCAGGGGGAGAUCGACAUGUUGAAGGAGCAGCUGCAGCUCACCCAGUCUCAGUUAGAGGCCGCACAGCACUCCCACGCGGUGAGACUGUCUAAGGAAUAUGAAAUGCAAAAAACAAAAGAGCAAGACUUUCUGAAGUUAUUUGAUAGAUGGAAAGAAGAAGAAAAGGAGAAACUGGUUGAUGAAAUGGAAAAAGUCAAGGAGAUGUUUAUAAAGGAGUUUAAAGAAUUAACUUCCAAGAAUUCAGCAUUAGAAUACCAACUGUCAGAAAUCCAGAAGUCCAAUAUGCAGAUCAAGUCCAUCAUAGGCACAUUGAAAGAUGCACACGAGUUUAAAGAAGGCCGUUCUCCAUACCCCCAGGAUUUCCAAAAUGUGAUGCAGCUUCUCGAUAGUCAGGAAAGCAAGUGGACAGCACGAGUUCAAACUCUUCAACAAGAACACAAGAAAGAGAAGGAUCGGCUCCUGUCACGUAUAGAGAAACUUCGAACCUCAAUGAUAGACGAUCUAAAUGCAAGUAAUGUUUUCUACAAGAAGAGGUUAGAAGAGCUAGGGCAGAGACUCCAGGAGCAAAAUGAGCUGAUUAUAACUCAGAAACAGCAGAUUAAAGAGUUCACCAGUAAACCAUUAAACGGUGUCAGUGAACCCAAAGGGACUUCUUUAGCCUGGCAAACUUUCGAAUCUAAGCCAACUGCCCCAGCCGCACUUGUGAAUGCCCCAGCCCCGCCGACUUUGGAAGCUAAAUCAAGUCUAACAAUGGCACAUGGUAAGUUUCAGCAUUUUAUCUCUCACCUGUGCUCGCCUAUUUAUCUUCUUGGGCUGGAACAAAAGUCCAGGGAAAAUGAACAGAAAUCAAGUAGCAACAAAAUGCAUUUAAGGAAAGCUUUGAAGAUUAACCCUACCCUCACUAAGGAAGUAAGAACAAUCUUGGAACAGACCUUGGUGGAGAAACUGGAAACCUUUGGGAUUAAUGCGGAUAUACGUGGUAUUUCAGGUGAUCACUUGCAUAAAGUGCUGAGAAGUGUGGAAUCAGCCAGACACGAGGUAGAAAAACACAAACCUAACAUUCAGCAAAUUCGAGAACUCAUUGAACAUCAGGUCCGCUGUAAAAUGGAGGAGAGACUAUUAUUGUCUUCAGAUAAGUGCAGUGUUUCUCAAACGGAUACCCUUUCAACUGGAGAAGUACCCAAAACGAUACCACUUCCUCCCAAAAGCAGACAAUUGACUAGACAAAGAGCUGUUUUUACAGACAGGAUAUCUGUUCCAAGAAAUAAGAAAAAUGUCGUGGAAGAUCAUUUUCCCAGAAAGCCUUCAACUAUUACGACCCCUCCCUUCAGCUCAGAGGAGGAGCUGGAGGAGGACAACCUCGUCCAGACCUACGUGUGCCCAGACCUGCUUCCGGUGCAGCCGCCUCAGAGCUCGGGAAAGAACGCCGCCGUCCAGAGUGACACCGACUGGACCACGGGAAGUGAAAUGGAGGACUCGGAUGCUUCUCCCAAGCCCACGGGAACCUCCAUUGAAACACAAACUGAAAAAGUUGAAAAGAUGGCUUCAAAUCACAGAAUUGUGAAUAAACCAGUUGGUGGGAUUAAUGUUGCUCAGGUCUUUAUCAAAAAAGAAGAAUUACAAGAAGAACUAAAGUGCACAGAUGUGGACGACGACGACUGGGACAUAUCAUCCUUAGAGGAAGAAAAAUCUUUGGGGAAAAAAACUGGGAAAGAACCUCCACCACCUGUGAAGCAUGAAUCAAAUUCCAGUCAAGUGCCAAGUGCCUGGGGCCCAUUUAAUCCUAAGGGGCCAAAGGGAGAAGGACUUCAAGAAAAUGAAUCAAGCACAUUAAAAAGCAGCCUAGUAACUGUGAUUGAUUGGAGUGACUCUUCAGAUGUAUAAUUAUA